UGACGGUGGUUUACGCCGUAGAGUCGGGCCGGGUGUUACUCCCCUGUGACGUGGCUCCUCCAAUACCUACUGAUGACACCAUCCUCGUCCUCUUUUAUCAUGGCGACAUUGGUACUCCCAUAUAUAGUAUCGACGGGAGGAGCGGGCCGAUCAAGAGAGCUCCUCAUUGGUCAGACGAGGAGACUCUGGGACCACGAGCCUACUUCGACAUGGCGGCUGACCCACCCGGCCUCGUACUCCAGUCGGUGAAGGCCAGUGAUCAUGCUGAAUACCGCUGUAGGGUCGACUUUCGCUCCUCCCCCACCAGGAACGUCAGGAUACAGCUGGAGGUCAUUGUGCCGCCCAAGAAGAUCAAGAUCCUGAGCGAGGCGGGGCUGGAGGUGAGCGGUGUCAUUGGGCCGUAUCCUGUGGGUGCCUCCAUCUCCCUCGACUGCCAAGUGGAGAGCGGUCGUCCCAGGCCGACAGUGUCAUGGUUCCACGAGGAGAAGCUUUUGGAUGAGGUGAGUGAGGUGAGGCGAGGAGAGAUGACGAGCAACACCCUACACCUGCCCUCUCUCACCCGUGACUACCUCUACCGCGUCCUCACCUGUCAAGCCUCCAACUCCAACCUCUCCGUGCCGGUUGCUGCCACCGUCACCUUGGAUAUGAGCUUCCCCCCUCUAGACGUACGGAUCAUGGGCACGAUGGAGAGCUUGUCGGAGGGCGAGAGGUACUCCAUCGUCUGCGAGUCCUCCGGUUCGAGACCCACAGCCACGAUCACCUGGUGGAAAGACGGCAUGUUGAUGACGGACACCAAGAGCCAGGUCUUCCAUGAGGGGAACGUGAGUCGCUCCACCUUGUACCUAACCCCUACCCUGGGUGACCACGACGCCCAUGUCUCCUGCAGAGCUAAGAACCCCAUGGUACCAGCCGCCGUCUUAGAGGAUACCAGGAAGCUUAACGUCCAUUACACACCGAGACUCUCCCUAGCUGCCGGACUUAACCUGGACAUGGAAGACAUCAAGGAAGGUGAUGACGUGUACUUCGAGUGUGGCAUCAAGGCCAAUCCUCCGGUCUAUAAAGUCCAAUGGUUCCAUAACGGUGAUGAACUGAGUCACAACGUAUCAGCGGGGAUAAUCCUGAGCAACCAAAGCCUUGUGCUGCAGCGGGUGACACGUCGCUCAUCCGGUCAGUACACCUGCUCCGCCACCAACCUUCACGGUCUCGGCAGCUCUAACGCCGUGCAGCUCAGUGUCAAGUUCGCGCCCUUGUGUCGACCUGGCCAGAAGUUCGUGUACGGCGGAGGUAAACACGAGGAACUCAACAUCACCUGCAGCGUUGAGGCUCACCCAGAACCCACCUCCUUCAGGUGGGCAUUCAACAGUUCCUCAGAGAUAGUGGAUAUCCCGUCUAGUAAGUUCUGGGUGGUGGGGAACGGUAAAAGCCAGGCUUCCUACACACCCAGGACCCACCUUGACUACGGCUCCCUUCUGUGUUGGGGAAAUAAUGACGUGGGCAGACAACUCAAGCCUUGUAUCUAUCACAUCAUACACGCUGCCCCACCGGAUCCCGUCAACAACUGCACGGUCGAGAACGUGACUUCCACUGGCGCGUCCAUCCGUUGCCAAGCCGGAUGGGAUGGCGGUCUAUCCCAGACGUUCACUCUAUCCGUCUCCCACGCCCGCGCCCACACCAGCAGCCAUGACAAGAAAGAAGCUCCAAGGGUUUUGGCCAACACCUCCACCUCCCCAAAGCCUGAUUUCUCCCUCACUGGGCUUGAACCUGGCACCGAGUACAUCCUUACCAUUAUGGGGGUGAACAAGAAGGGUGAGAGUGAGCCUAUGAGGAUGGCGAUUUUCACCCUCAAAGACGUGGCCGAGAAGAGGACGAGUCCAGGAGUGGGCGCCCUGGCUCUCACACCCAUCCUGGCAGUACUCCUGGGGGUAUUAGCUUCUCUCCUGCUCAUGGCCCUGGUCAUAGCCUUGGUGGUCAGGUCACGACGCCCCAGAGCCCGUAAGCCCGAGGUCAAGAUGGUGUACGACAAGGGGUCAGCUGCCUCGGUGCCUCUCAGGGGCCAGGAUGACACGACCUCUAGUGAUGACCAUAACCCUGACCUCAUACCUGUUAAUGACGACCAUCAAGUGAAAGACCUCCAGCAGAGCUACACAACAGAGACACUCCCCAUGACAGAUAUUCACCUUCAGCAGCAUUCCCCGGUAGCACCCAGCUCACCGCAGACACAGAUGCAGGUACAGCAAACACCUCAGCAGCAGCAACACAUGAAGGAGUACUUGCAAGGUCAUGACGGGUCCUUCUAUAUCAACCCCGGGACGCUACUACGACAGAAGGGCGUCUUGCUGCCGCGGGAAACAGAUCCCAUCCUGCACAUGGGGUGUCCUCUGGCCGCCUCCACGCCCGCCGCCCGCACCACCCAGCCCACAGUGAGUGUGGUGAGCACCAGCAGCAGUGGGACGGACACUCCAGAGAGCAUGAUGAUGGAUGUCUCGAGCAGCUUCAAGAUGGACAAGCCAAAAAGGAGCACCUCCAGAAGCUUCAAGGAAGACUCCCACGGGAGUUUCAAAAGGGAUUCCAGAAGGAGCUUCAAGAAAGAUUACUCCGGGAGCUUCAAGAAGGAUUCCCCAGGCAGCUUCAAGUUGGACAGCUCGAAGAGGAGCACCUCCGGAAGUUUCAAGUUGGAUGUCACAAAGAAGAGCCCCUCAGGGAGCUACAAAAGCGGUUCCGGGAGCUUCAAGCUAGAAACGCCAAAGAAGAGCCCCUCCAGGAACUUCAAGAAUCCGACCGGGAGUUUCAAGUUGGACAUUCCAGGAAGCAUGAUGGAAACUUCAUACAAGGAAACUCCAAGCAGCUUCAGGAGGGAGUCACCAGAAAGCUUCAAGUUGGAGAUCCCUUCGAACAUGAGGAGGAAUUCGUGCGGAACCUUCACGACGGAGUCAUCAGUCAGUAUGAUGAGAGAGUCCCCAGGCAGCUUCAAACUGGACAUCCCUGGAUGUGUGAGGAAGGGCUCUUACGGAAACGUCACGCCGAGGGACUAUCUGGGCAUCUUCAGGAGGGAAUCGUCAGGCAGCUUCAAAUUGGAAGCACCAGGGUAUGCAAGGAAGGGUUCAUCAGGAAGCUGCAAGCUACACACCCCACAGAAGAGCCCCUCUGGAAGCUUCAAAAGCCCUACAGGGAGCUUCAAACGAGAGUCUCUAGGGAAUUUCAAAUUGGAGACUCCGAAGAAAAGCCCAUCAGGCAGCUUCAAGAAAGAAUCUCCAGGGAGCUUCAAGUUGGACACCCCACAGAGGAGUCCCUCAGGAAGCUUCAAGAGAGAAUCUCUGGGAAGCUUCAAGUUGGAAACACCAAAGAAAAGCCCAUCCGACAGCUUCAAGAACACUUCAGGGAGCUUCAAGCUGCACACCCCUCAAAGGAGUCCUUCCGGAAGCUUCAAAAGGGAAUUUGCAGGAAGUGUCAAGUUGACGACUCCAAGGAACAGCCCUUCUGGGAGCUUCAAGAGCCCCUCCGGAAGUUCCAAGAGCCCAUCCGGAAGCUUCAAGUUGGAAACCCAAAGCAAGAGUCCCUCCGGGAGCAUGAAGAAGGAAUCUCCGGGCAUGAAGAGGGAGUCCCCAGGGAGCUUCAAGGUAGAAGCACUAGGGGGCAUGAGGAAGAGUUCUUCGGGCAUCUGCAAGAGGGAGUCACAGAGGAGCAUCAAACUGGAUGCACCAGGAACGGGAGCCGUUAUGAUGUACUCUCCGGGCAGCAAGAGGAGGGACAUCCUCGGCAACUUCAAAAUCGACUCGUCGACAGAAGGGGCUCUGGUGGUCACACAGAUGAGCUCACCUUUGCAUCGACCAGGUUUUAACAAACCAGACAAGCUCAGAAUCGUCUGUCCUCUGGAUUCUAAAAUCCGGAUAGAACUCAAAAUGGACUAAUUGCAAGAGGUGCAAGCUGCUCACCUUGAUGGCGUCAGUCUGGAGAAAUUUGGACUGCUGAUGGUGCAAGACGGAGAUGGGGAGAUUCUAGUAAUCUGUACUCUGAAAUACAAGUCACUUUUGACUUGUAUUCUAGUAGUGAUAAGUGUGAAACUCAAAAGUUACUUAAGUUGAAGACCUCGUGGUUGUAAGUUUUGGAUGCUUAAGAUAAAUGGUGAAAGAAGAAGGAGGAGGAGGAGGAGGUUUCGCCUCUGUGUAAAUAUAUAACGUUCAAAGACUCUGUUGAUGUUUUAGACCAGAGAAAACCUAUAGACAUGUGUAAGUUAUACCAGGAACUCAAACAUAAGUAAGUUAGAGCUGGAUAACUUAUAAUCCCCACAUAAACAUAUCUAGAAUGAAAAUGGUUAUCCAAAAGCAGUGUCAAGUGUUGAUGAGUCUUCUCAUGGUGAUUACUUCCCAGCAAUGAUACUGAAUGUGACUCUGAUGUAAGGAUAAUGAUGCAGAGAAAUUAUUCUCAUACCAUUUUGUGUUAACGGGAAUAUAUCAUUAUUAUAAAAUAUAAAGCAGAUGCUCUACAUACACUGUCUUCUUGAAAAAUGCAAUUCAAAAUUUCUUGGAAUGAAAAAAGAAAAGUAACUAUAAGUAUGAGUUAAGUGAGAUUAUAUAUUGAUUGACAAAGUAUAUGUACAACCCAGUGAUGUAAUAGGUGUCGUGGAUUGAUGUACAAACUGACUAAUUGCUGAAUGUGCAAUGUUUAUCCAUGGAUAUUAACAGGCUUUUUUAUUUUUUGGGCAGAGAAAACAAGUUACAAUACUCAACACUACUUCGUAAAUGAUUAUUACAACACCUGUCUGAAAUGCGAGUUAAAUGUUGUAUCUCUGGUACUUAAAUUAUAUAUAUAUGUUCUACCUUACUUGCCUGAUGCCGACCCACAAGUGAAGUAAAUACUUUUUUUUUUAGAUUUUUGCAGAUCGAGAUACAGCAUAUAUAUAUAUA